CCCGAAACAUCCUCUGAGCAGCAGUGUCGUGGUUUGUAGCGGUUCGCGGAUAGGCCUGGGAGCUGCGGUAUGAAGGGGUCCCGUGUCGACAUAUCGGUCGGCCUUUUCUCUCCACGGAUGCUGCCUGCUCUUUUGAGUUCCUCCAAUGCUUCGUUGGUUGCUCAGGCGCUGAGGUCCUGUCGGCGCUCUCGCCCUCUCUCCCGCACAAAACGAGUUUACGCAGCACUUCUGAUGGAGAUGCCAACUGAGGCGAAUAUAGACCACGGGUUUAGAGAUUGUGUGCACACAUCUUUGAAUCGGCUUUGUUUUAUUUUUCUGAAACCAAUUUCGCCCACGCUCUCCGCAUACUGUGAACAGGAGCCCCGUUUAGCUGAGUCUGGGCGCUGCGCACAACGGGCAAGGGAAAUCCCCACUCGGGGUCAUUUCUCCCUGAGCGGGGCGCACUCGGGCCGUGGCCCCGGUAGAAAUGCAACGUGUGGGGACUGGAGCCGACCGGGCCAGCUCUGGUCAGUUCUGUGGGUAGAAAUGUGUGUGAGUGUAAUCCAAUAACUGGCUGCUCUCCUAUCCCACCCGCGCAGGUAGCAAGGUCUCGGCGUGGGUUAGUUAACACUGGCCUCUCAUUCAUGAGCCGCACAUUAGAUUACCUUCAACAGGCGCCAAAACACUCUGACAAAAGAUCCUUGUGAGCCCCAUCUGAGGGGUUUUGUUCCGGACCUGUACGGGAUUUAUUGAGUUCCAAGCCCGUGAUAUAAAUAGUUCAGCCACAUUGUGAGACAGCCUCACAACGCAGCGCCCGACCAUUAGCCGCGAAGAUGAAAGAAAUACAGUAUUAUUGUACUAUUUCGGGCUGAUCGUAGCUGAGCAAAUCAUCUCGAUUUAACACGAGCUAUAAAGAAUAAACACGCCGCGGUUAAACAAAAAUACGAUUGGUAGCGAAUUAUUCAAUUCGUUUGAAUCGGGCCGCAAUAAACUCGAAGGGCAUUGCAACAGUUGCAAUGUAUAAUUCGAGUGCCCGUUUCGCGGCAACGCCUUUGCCGCGCGUUUCAUUGAAGUAGUUUCUCCGCAACUUGUACAUUCACUGUUAGUUUCACUGCCAGUUUCUCUCAAACUGCACACGUUUCUCUCCGAUUUAAAUGCAACAAUUGCACUGCAGAAUUCAAUGCAACAAUUUUAGUGCAAGUGUCGCAUAAAUUAUUUCAUUCCGAUAGUCUCGCAUCAAUAGUCGGUCAGCGUUUUAAAGUAUAGUUCUGUUGAUCUGUUUUGAGUCCAUAGGCUUUUAUUAUUAAUGCUCGGGCGUUAAGUGGCACCGUAAAUCGGCCUGAGACCCCGGGUUACAGUGUAUGUCAGCGAUCCGCUCACUGCAGCGGGCGCUGCUUGUGAACAGCACGGAUGGUGAGAGCCCGUGUCCGGGGGAGCGAAGAGAGGCGCGGGAUGAACAGCUCGCUGUCACGGCGAUGACUUGCUUUCCGCCGACCGCCAGCCUGCGGACGCCGGCAUCCUCUGCCCACACCUGACCGCGGAAUCCCCAGCGCUGCGACCCUCGCUCGGACCGGACUGACUGACAGACAUCCAGUGACAAUGCUGCUCCCGGGCGCUCGUUGUCUUCGGGUUCGCGGCCGCCUCUUGCUCUGCCUCUCCUUGGUUCUGCUGUCCCAGCUCGCCGUUACCCCCUCUCUGUUGACAGGUAAGGAAGGACCCUCCGUCGGCCGGGGCGCGGGGCGUGGAUGUAGGUGCAGACCGCCGGUGUUGUUGGUGGUAACCUCUCCUGUUUGUGCGCUAGGUUCAGUGGCCGGCUGCGAAGAUGAAGGCGCGGCGAUAGAAAUCCCACUCAUCACAGAUAACCCCUGCAUCUCAUGCCGGUGUCUGAACAAGGAGGUGAGAUGUACCAGAGAGAAAUGUCCCGCUCUGCCCAAAGACUGUGCUCUUGUCAUCAAACAGACUGGAGCCUGCUGCGAGAAGUGCAAAGAGUGCAUAUUCGACGGGAAGGUGUACAACAGCUCAGAAGAAUGGCUUGUUCCUUCCAAAUCCUGCAUGACACAGACCUGUCAGGAAGGUGUUGUUACUGAGGCGCAGAUACUGUGUGUGAUCCACUGCAAGAACCCCAUCCAGCCACAACAUGGAUGCUGUCCCCUGUGUCCGGGCUGUGAGUUUUUCGGUCACCACUACCAAGAAGGAGAACAUUUCCACCCAGACGGUGACCAUUGUAUCAGGUGUUCCUGCACGGCUGGCGCGCUGCACUGUGUCCGUGAAUUCUGCCCUGUCCUGUCCUGCCCAAAGCACCUCAGCCGUGUGCCGACUGGAAAAUGCUGCCCCAGGUGUUUUGGUCAGCGGCGGGUAUUUGACCUGAGAGCCGGAAGCUGUUUGUUUCACAGCGAGGUCUACGACCACGGCACCUCGAUAGAGUACGACAACUGCACCUCCUGUGUGUGCAAGGACUCCAGUGUCAUUUGCAGAAAGCGAUGCUCGGCCCCAGGGACAUGCUGGGGCAGGAAGCAGUGCUGUGAGGAAUGCCUGUCUUACAUUUCCCCUGAGGAGUUCAAAGUUUGUCGAGUUGGGAACAGGAUCUACAGGGAUGGAGAGAUGUGGUCGGCUGCCAACUGCUCACUCUGUGUCUGUAAGAAGGGAGUGAUGGAAUGUCGGAGGAAGGAGUGUCCCCCAGUCAAGAGCUGCCCCAUGGGGAAAGCCGUCAACAGGAAUGGAUGCUGCGCCAUUUGUCCUGAAAAGCCGGGGGUUUGUACGGUGUUCGGAGACCCACAUUACAAUACUUUCGACGGCAGGGCCUUUAACUUCCAGGGGACGUGCCAGUACGUGCUGGCGAAGGACUGCUCUCGCACGGCCAGCUUCCAGGUACUGGUGCAGAACGAUGCCCGCAGGACCCAGGCCUACUCCUGGACCAAGUCCAUUGAGCUGGUGCUGAGUACUGGCACCAUCAGUCUCGGGCAGCACCUGACCGUGCGGAGGGACGGGCUGAAAAUCGCACUUCCGCACCAGGACCCACACUUCUCCAUCACGCUGGACGGAUACCUGCUGAGGGUGACCACCGCCGCAGGUAUCGACAUAUCCUGGGACGGGGACAGUUUUGUCGAGGUCAUGGCAGCUCCUGCUCUGAAGGGCAAACUCUGCGGCCUGUGCGGAAACUACAACGCACACAAGCGUGACGACCUAAUUGGGGGUGACGGCAACUUCAAGUUUGACGUUGAUGCCUUUGCUGAGUCGUGGCGUGUGGACAGAGACAAGGUGUGUAAGCAGGCGCAGCGAAGACUCUGGCCACACACCUGUACCGGCACCGUGAAGGUCAAGUUCCGCGCUCACCGUGAGUGCCAGAGACUCAAGUCCUGGCCGUUCAGGAAUUGCCAUUCCAAGGUCGACUACGUCCUGUUCUACAGAUCCUGCGUCACGGAUAUGUGUGAGUGCCCCAUACACAAGAACUGUUACUGUGAGUCGCUGAUCGCCUACACACGGGCAUGUCAGAGGGAGGGAGUGCGUGUCCAUUGGAAGCCGGAGCUGAGCUGCCUGGCUACGCAGUGUAAACACAGUGCGGUGUACAACACGUGUGGCCCGGGCUGCCCCAAGACCUGUGAGAACUGGAAUGAAAUCGGCCCAUGCAACAAGCCAUGUGUGGCGGGCUGUCACUGCCCUGCCAACUUGGUGCUCCACAGGGGACGGUGCAUAGAGCCAGCUUUGUGCCCCCGGUGACCACCGAGGCUCCUCGAUGUGAACACCAGACCUCGGGUGCCUGAACCCGCUGCAUCUCCACCAUGCACAAGAAGGGAACGGAGGAGCAUGUGGUAUAUUCUGGAAUGAGCUAAUGGGUGGAGUCCCAUUGGACAGAAUAUGAGAAAAAUAUGCUGAUUAUAUAAACAAACUAAAUUUUAAAUUAAUAUAAAGACUCAAACCAGUCAAACAAAAUCAUUUAUUUUGCUAUUCUAUGCAUUUGUAUAACUUAAACAUCCAUUGCAUCUGAUUGUGUGAGUAUGCUGACGAAUUUGCUAUUUGAAAAGAGUGAAGGACAUUAUCUCAAGCAUCACCUCUCCCUUGUCUGCAAGACAUGUUUCUGUCCUAAGCCAAGGCAGACAGUACAGGAACACGACCAUGGACCAUUUAAACUGUUCUCUUGCAAUGAGCCUGUCACAGGUGGAGAUACGACCAGGGAUCAAUAAUGCACUCCAUGUUACCACCCGUACAGUGUGGCUGUUCUUCCAGGACCAGGAUCGCUCCCUGCUCUGCAUCUGCGGGUAUUCCAGCUACUCUGCCUCGAACACAAAUUAAAUCAACCUCUUUGACUCCAUUCAGCCAAGGUGUUUGCCAGUAUGAAACCAAAGAUGAUGCACGCACACGCCAGGAUUACAGCUAAUGUUUUUUAAAUUCCUUUGCACUGCCAUCCUCUCAACUACUUCCUUCCCUCCUCCCGUGUGCAAUCUAGUUCUGGAAGUUACUGUAUUUUGGAAUGGAAAUGCUGAGCAACUGAGGACUGCAUUACUGUCAAAAAAAGAGGAUGGGAUGGAUGGAGCUUGGACUUCAACUAUGUCUUAUUCAGAGAAUAAGAUGGAUACUUACUCAUCUCCAUCUAAGGAUGGAAUGGGAACAACGUGGACCGGGACAACAGAGGAUGGGACAAUACGGCAGAGACCAGGUCAUCUCUGUCAAAGGAUGGGAAGUAAACGGACACAGACUGGGAACAUUUGUAACUUUCAAAAAAUCGAGAAACUCAAUGUUUACUCACAAAAUCUUUAUUGAAAAUAAUCACAUAUGCAUUAACUCCAUAAAGACAUGAAAAUACUGCUUAUAAAGGAACAAUUACAAAGAUCAUAUUUCUACAUUUGAUUUCAGCUUCAUUCACACCUCCAGUUGCCAUAUACAAGAAAUUUGGGCGACCUUAUCAGCACAGAAAUGUUUAACCACACCUGUCCAUCCACUGACUUUUAUGUCCAGCUGAGACUUUUCUUCAUCUUUAAGAUUUUGUAAACAUCAUUGUGAAACACAGGAGUGAAGUGUGGAGCCGGUGAUUUGGAAAUCACUGAGCACAAAGGUGUUUUCAUUGCAUUCUCUGCAUCUUCCACAUCCCAAAUUUCUGGCAUACUGCAGCCCUCUCUGUGGAUAACAGAAACAUUUCAGCAUGGUAGAAGAAAAGUCUUGUCCCAGUAACUGCUACCCAUCAACACACAAUAUUGUGGCUCCUGUUUUAAAUUGACAUCCAUGUGCAGAGGUCUGAGCUGUGCUGGAGGCAGAUGGGUAUUAUCCAUUGGUACUAAUGAUGAUGCCUGGUGCAUGAGGGACUCAGUCUGAUGCUGAAGGGUAGAGACAUGAGACAAAUUUAAUUCCUGACAAAGAACCAUGGGGCUAACGAAGAAGGAGUUGGCAAGAAUUUACAUUGUUCACAGUAAUUAUUUUGAGGAAAACCCAAUUGCAAAAUUAGCAUGGAAAUCAAGUUAGCAGAACAAAAAUGGCAGAAAUAGACCAAGGGAUAUGAUUUCAGUAUAACCAUUACCGCUGGACAUUCAACACCGUUAAAUCCAGAACCAGCAGCAGCAGCUCAGAGUUGCAGCCACCACUGACCAGUAGCCUAAGUGGACAAUCUCACCUAUCUGGCAGCUGCUAGACAAUCAAGAGGCUGGGAACUUACAGCAAGUGACUCGUCUCCACAAAGCCUUCCAUCUGCAAGUUUCAGCCAAGUGUGUGACGAGACGUGCCUGAAUAAGUGCACCUGCAGUAUACAAGCUUGAUACUGUCCAGCAGUGCCCACCUGCCUUAGGCAGAUGAAGGAUGCUGCAAUAUCAUGGCUUAUCUACAGGAUUCUUAAAUAAAAACGUCAUUGGCAUUUCAGAAGGGAAAUUAUUCAUUAACUGUGAGAUAAGGAAAACAUGAAAGACUGCAAUAAACUAGGAGUAUCCCUUGGUUAUGCAGAGGCGGAAGCAGAGGAGAAAUGUCCCUGCAUGAAGCAAAAUGAAUGUAACGCAGAUCAAUUAAAGCUUUAAAAAAAUUCA